UAAUCGGCCCCAGCGAGUGUGCGCCUGUGGCGAUGUGCAUCCAGCGUGAUGGGGGAGGUGGAGCGCAGCGCUGAGGCGGAUCGCGCAACAGCGAGGCGGCCGCUGCGAAACGGUGCCCGCAGAUACUGGCGGGGGCUGCGCCACGCCUUCCUCCUCCUGUUUCUUUGCCCGGUGAAGACGGUGCGUGGCCAGGAGUACCUGUGCCAGCUGCCAUGCGAGUGCCCCGCAGAGCCGCCUGCCUGCGCCCCUGGCGUGCCUACCGUGUUAGACGGCUGCUCCUGCUGUCUGACCUGCGCUCGGCAGCGAGGGCAGACGUGCUCGCAAACGAUGCCUUGCGACGAGAGCAGCGCCCUCUACUGUGACCGUGGGGCGGGGACGGAGGCUGGCCUGGGGAUCUGUAUGGACCUUGAAGGAGACAACUGUGUAUUCAAUGGGAUUAUUUACCGGAGCGGUGAGACCUUCCAGCCAAGCUGUAAAUACCACUGUAUGUGCAGAGAUGGACAGAUAGGUUGUGUACCCCGCUGUAACCUUGACUUGCAGCUCCCUGGCCCUGACUGCCCCUUCCCAAGGAAAAUUGAAGUCCCCAAGGAGUGCUGUGAGCAAUGGUCAUGUGACCCUAAAGAAGAUGAAGAUGUGGGAGGCUUUGCAAUAGCAGCAUACAGACAAGAAGCGACACUUGGGACUGAUGCAUCUGAUUUGAGUUCUAACUGUAUUGAGCAGACAACGGAAUGGAGUGCAUGUUCCACGAGUUGCGGAAUGGGCUUCUCCACUCGGGUCACCAACAAGAAUUCGAUGUGCGAGAUGGUGAAGCAGACCAGACUCUGUGAGGUGCGGCCAUGUCCAAAUGGUCAACGGCCUGAUAAGCAGGCAAAGAGGUGUGUCCGGACCAAGAAGUCUCUAAGAGCCAUCCAUUUGGAGUACAAUAACUGCACCAGCAUCCAGACGUAUAAGCCCCGUUAUUGUGGCAUCUGCAAUGACGGGCGCUGUUGCACCCCUCACACCACAAAAACCAUCCAGGUUGAGUUCCACUGUCCUCAAGGCAACAUUAUCAAGCAUCCUGUGAUGUCCAUCAUGACCUGUGUAUGUCAUGGCAACUGUCCUCAAGAUAACAAUGCUUUCUAUGGAAAGCUCAGUUGAAUUAAAGAUAUGAAAUCGACAACUAUUUCAAAGGGGGUAAAUAUUUAAUAUGUAAAAAGUUUCUUAAAAGCAAACAUGUGAAUCAGCAGUGAACAAUAGUAACCAGUUGCCCAGUUGGGUAUCUUUGUUUCAUUAUAGUAGUUGGUUUUUUGUUUCUUUUUGGAAAACUAUUGUACUUUUACGAUGUAAUCUAAUUUCCAUCUGGCUCUGUAAAUGGCCCAGUUCAGUUCCUAUGGCGUUCUUUGAAAUCUGGAUUUGAGCAUUGUCACCCUUUCCAAAUAUUGCUACCAGGGGAAAAUGUAACAGCUCAAUAUGGGUUUCUUUUAUUAGCAUAACAUUUUCUUAGAAAUUUGCAGGCACUAAAAGUUCUUGUUUUUCAGCUU